UCACAAGUGGCAAAUAAUUAACUUUGUCCAUUCCACGUUAUCGUCUCUUCCUCAAACUCUGAACCUUCCGUGCAGCGCAGAGCUUUGCUGGCAUACCCACCGUGACGAAAUUAACCUCUCUACGUAACAGCACACAGCGAUUUCCCCAAAUCAUCGAAACCCUAACUCGCGAUUCCCAAUCGAAACCCUAACUCGGGAUGGCGAUUUUGCUGGGCGAAAUUCUUCAAUCGCUGGAGCUGUGGCUGAAGCUGAUCAAGAACCCGCAGCCGCAGCCCUACGUAAACCCUAAUCUGGACCCCGUUUUGCUGGUGCCCGGUGUCGGUGGCUCGAUGCUGCACGCCGUUGACGAAACCGACGGAAGCCAUGAACGCGUCUGGGUUCGCUUCCUCAACGCCGAGUACACGCUGAAGACCAAGCUUUGGUCGCGUUACGAUCCUUCCACCGGAAAAACCGAGUCCAUGGAUCCAAAUUCAACAAUUAUUGUUCCUGAAGAUAGGCAUGGACUCCAUGCAAUUGACAUUUUGGACCCUGACUUGAUGUUUGGAAGUGAUUCUGUGUAUUAUUUCCAUGACAUGAUCGUUGAAAUGCGUAAGUGGGGGUUUGAAGAGGGAAAGACGCUUUUUGGUUUUGGAUACGAUUUUCGCCAAAGUAACAGGUUGAAGGAAACAAUGGAUCGGUUAGCUGCAAAGUUAGAAUCAAUUUAUAAUGCUGCAGGAGGGAAGAAGAUAAAUAUUAUAACUCAUUCUAUGGGUGGUCUUUUGGUGAAAUGUUUCAUGUGCCUGCAAAGCGAUAUUUUUGAGAAAUAUGUUAAGAAUUGGGUUGCAAUUUGUGCACCAUUCCAGGGUGCACCGGGAACCAUCUAUUCUACCUUUUUAAAUGGAAUGUCAUUUGUGGAAGGAUGGGAACAAAACUUUUAUAUUUCCAAAUGGAGCAUGCACCAGUUGCUGAUUGAAUGUCCAUCAAUAUACGAACUUAUGGGUUGUCCUAAUUCUCAUUGGCAACAUAUUCCUGUUCUGGAAUUGUGGCGUGAGAGACGUGAUUCUGAUGGGAAAUCACAUAUUGUUCUGGAGUCAUAUCCACCAUGUGAUAGCAUCGAGGUUUUGAAGCAAGCUCUUUUAAAUAACACAGUUAAUUAUAAUGGUGUGGAUUUGCCCCUGCCCUUCAACUUGGAGAUCUUGAAAUGGGCAAACAAAACAUGGGAGAUUCUGUCUUCUGCCAAACUUCCCUCACAAGUUAAAUUUUACAACAUUUAUGGGACCAGUCUUGACACACCUCAUAGUGUUUGCUUUGGAAGUGGGGACAAGCCUGUCACAGAUCUGCAACAGCUAUGUUAUUUCCAGGCCAAAUACGUAUGUGUUGAUGGAGAUGGAACAGUUCCUAUAGAAUCGGCAAAGGCUGAUGGUCUCAAUGCGGAGGCAAGGGUUGGUGUGCCUGGUGAACAUCAGCGUAUCCUUCGUGAGCCUCACGUAUUCCGGCUUCUCAAGCACUGGCUGAAGGCUGGAGAACCUGAUCCCUUUUACAACCCUGUCAAUGAUUAUGUGAUUCUACCUACUGCUUUUGAAAUGGAGAGGCAUAAAGAGAAGGGUGUAGAAGUAGCAUCCCUUAAAGAGGAAUGGGAAAUUAUUUCUAAAGUCCAAGAUGACCAAAGCUGCACAGCAGAUAAAGUGUGCUCCAUAUCAGUUUCACAAGAAGGAGCCAAUCAAUCUUAUUCCGAGGCGCAUGCUACUGUCAUUGUUCACCCAAACAAUGAGGGUAAACAACACGUUCAACUGAAUGCUUUGGCUGUUUCAGUUGACGCCUCAUGAAUCACAUUCUGUUGAAGUAUUCGUAACGUGGAGGGAAUACUUUCUGUCUUUGGAAAAAGCUAGGGUUCAUGGUAACCCACCUUUUUUCCAAUCCAGCUGUAUAGUUACUUUAACGUUUGCCAAUUUGGAACACGUGAAUGGAUGUCUGGAGCCGUAAAGGGCAAACCAAACACUCACUAUAUUGUUGAUUAUGGUUGACAUCUCUUGUAUAUAAUGAUAUUCGUUUGAUGUUGCGGUGCCAUAUCCCUCCCGAUUUGUGUAUGAUAUGCGAAGCGUAUGUAUCAGUUAUGAAAAUGAAUACCAUCGUUCUGGCAUUCUUGUAUAUAAUGAUAUUCAUUUGAUGUUGCUGUGCCA